GGACUGUUUUCGCUAAACCCCUUUACCUGGACGGGAGAACAUAUUCAGGAAAAACACACAUUGCUCAAUUUCACACGUUGGUCUCCAGAACAGGGCAUGUUGUAUCCAGAGUUAUACAGGCAGCAGCUGAAGUAGGAUUAGCCCAGUCUGGAGUGGAUUCAACAGCCAGCCAGCCUGCCAGCCAGCCAGCCAGCCAGCCCUGCCUGAGGUGGGAGAGCAGAGGGACUACAACACUAGCUCAGCUCCAACGUGGUCGUAUUGGGGACUCUGAAUCUCUGGACAGUUGUAUCCAGAGCACCCUCUCAGCCCUCUACCCUCCGUUUGAUGCCACAGCCUCCACAGUGCUGUGUCAGGUUUUUGAUGUGGUGGAGACCAGCUACAGAGGAGACGGAUUAAGAUACCUUAUAGACUUCCUGGUCCCUGCCAAACACAUCCUGCAGACCAUCCAGCAACAUGCCUGUUUCCCGUACUGCGGCCUGUUAUUCCGGCACCAGGGCUGGCCUCUGUGUCUCCACGACAAGGUGAUCAUCCAGCUCUCUCCUCUGGACCCACGUGUCCUCCGCCCCGGGGACUUCUACCUACAGGUGGCAUCGCCCUCUGUCUCCCCCAGCUCCUCCUCCACCAACACCCCCAGCCCACCCUGUCUCAUCCUGCGCUGUCUGGCCCCCAGUGGGCAGCAUGUAGAGGAGGUAAAGUUACCAGAGCUAGCCUACACCUCCCUGUUCACCAUGGCUUGGCUCCACUCAGUCAACAGGGAACGGAGUGGAGCAGGAACGGAGACAGGGUCUGGGACAGGGUCGGAGACAGGGUCUGGGACAGGGUCUGGGACAGGGUCGGGGACAGGGUCGGGGAGGACACUGUCCCACUGCCUCCUUUCUGCAGAGAACGACAUCUUCAGAGUACCCUGGGAGGAUGUAGUACACCCUCAGUUCAUUAACAGACCCACGGCUAUGGUGGCUGCACCUAUCAGAGUCCCUACCAAGGGAGAAGGGGACGGGGGGAGGGAACAGGACGUCUUCAAGCCUUCGGAUAGGGCCAGAUGCAUUUUGAUUGACACAUCAAAGGCCCAGUGUGGAGAGAGUACGGAAGUGAAGCUCCUCCCACGGUUGAGCCAGCCUAUCGAGACCAGGGACGAUGGGAAAGGUUUUGACAUCGCAGCAGAAGAGGACUCGGACGCUGAGGGAGAGUAUGUUGAACUGGAAGAGAUCUCUCUACCGCGCUUCUCUCCUCAGAAAGGAUCCUUAACACAGUCUGUUAGUCUGAACUACAGGAACCUGCAUAAACCCUGGACUACAGCCCGACACCCCCCCAAAGCAACCCCCUCCCAGCCCCUUCAUGCCCCGGUGAAAAGCAGCACUUUCUCCCAGUCCAUGGUGUGUUCCAGACUCAUCGAGGAAUACCUGAACAACGACGUGUUUUCCCCUGUCAUCCUCACCCCAACGGCCCCCACCUCCCCAACGGCCCCCACCUCCCCUACGGCCCCCACCUCCCCAACGGCCCCCACCUCCCCAACGGCCCCCACCUCCCCUACGGCCCCCACCUCCCCUACGGCCCCCACCUCCCCUACGGUCCCCACCUCCCCUAUGGCCCCCACCUCCCCUACGGCCCCCAUGGGCCCCACCUCCCCUACGGCCCCCACCUCCCCUACGGCCUCCAUGGGCCCCAUGGCCCCCACCUCCCCUACGGCCCCCACCUCCCCUACGGCCCCCAUGGGCCCCACCUCCCCUACGGCCUCCAUGGGCCCCAUGGCCCCCACCUCCCCUACGGCCCCCACCUCCCCUACGGCCCCCACCUCCCCUACGGCCAGAGAGGGGGUCAGCGGUGAGGGGACAGCGUCAGACCGUACAGAAGACUGA